UCAAUAUUCCCUUCCAUCUCCUUUGCUUCGGAUCCUACUGAAUUCACAGUAAGAAGAACUGGACAAGCAUCAGCCCACGUUGUCUCUUCUGCCUUGGGUCUGGAGCAUAAGGAGAGCUGCUGCACAUGUGUGAGACAAUGGACACUGCUUGUUAGAAUUUACGGACUCAAGCGCGUGAUGUGCAUGCACACCUACAUGUGGAAUACAGAUAGGGACCACAGAUCUCCAAGAACUUGCACUUACAGGUGAAAGUAGAAGCCUCCUGGGAUUCCACAGUCCAUAACUGCCUUCAGCUCAGUAAAGGAACAGCAACAGAUGAAAGGGUUUUCCUUAUUGUGAGAGUGACAGUCCAGCUCAGCCAUCCUGCAGAAAUGCAGCUAGUGCUACGCAAACGUAUCUGCGUUAAUGUCUACGGGAGACAGGGUUUUGCACAGAGCUUCCUGAGAAGAAUGUCUCCCCGAAGUUCCAUUCCUGGCUGUGGAGUCACCUUUGAGAUAGUCUCUAAUAUUCCAGAGGAUGCUCAGGGAGCUGAGGAGCGGGAAGCACUAGCAAGGAUGGCAGCUAAUGUUGAAAACGCAGCUUCGGCUGACUCAGAAGCCUAUAUUGAAAAGUACCUGCGGAGUGUGCUGGCAGUGGAGAACAUUCUCACCUUGGAUCGUCUUCGCCAGGAGGUUGCAGUGAAAGAGCAGUUAACAGGGAAAGGAAAACUUAACAGGAGGAGUCUGAGCUCUCCCAGUGUCAAUCGGAUAUCUGGAAGCCGUCAAGAUUUAGCUCCCCCGUACAACCUUGGCAGUCACAAGGGUCGAUGGGAGAGCCAGCAAGAUAUAUCCCAAAUUUCAACACGUUCUGAUAGUGGGAUAACCCCAUCUCAUACAUCUUUGUCAAGCUCUGCUCAGCAAAACCAUUCCAAUGAUCCAGGACUCAGUAGCCUGGCUGCCUCCUACCUGAAUCCAGUAAAAUCCUUCGUGCCUCAGAUGCCAAAGCUGCUUAAGUCUCUCUUUCCUGCUAGAGAUGAGAAAAAGGGCAGGCAGACCUCUCCUCUUGCCCAGCAGCCUGUCCCACGAAUUAUGGUUCAGUCUGCCAGCAUUGAUGCCAGUGCUACAAAGUUAAAACAGAUUAACCAAGAAGGGGGGAAAGAACCAUUUGAAAUGGCCAUGCAAUCUACAAAGGCAGAAAAGAACCAAGAAAAGAUGCCCAAAGUGCCUUCACAGCAGCAUACCACAGACAUUCAGGCACAGGACUCCCAAGAGGGGCCUCCAAGUCCCCUGAGUGAAGCCUCAAGCGGUUACUUUUCUCACAGUGUUUCAACAGCGACUCUGUCUGAAGCGCUCACUCCAUUGAACGAAGCGAUUGUUCAGACAGGUGGUCAAACAUCUACAGUGAGCAGCAUCUCCCCACCCACCCCAGCUGUUCAAGUAACUUCUGCUACUGACAUUUCAAUGCAGACAGAGUGCGCUUCAGAGGGCUACCCUGCUGUUAAAAGAGAUAAUCAAGCUGCUUCUGACCUCAGUACUGCCCAUGUGAGACCUAAGGACAGCAGCAAUGUGAAUGGUAAUGAGCAUCUAAAGUCCAAGUCCUUUGCCCCCCCCGUGACUCAGAGUGAAGAACUAGAUGUUGCCUCUAUAGCCAUUGAUGCAAAAAGCUACAUUUCUACCUCCAUCCCAAAGAAAGCGCUGCUGACCAAACAGAUAAUGGCUUCAACAGCUGGAGAGUCAGUGGGACAAGCUGCCAGGGAAAAGGACCACACAAAGCCCACCUCUGCUUCAGAAUCAAGAGCUCCCAAACCACAACCCGUCCUUUUGUCGCAGCCCAACGCUACAGCCUCUCCAUUCAAAAUCCAAAAAGUCAGGACAUCUGAGCUCAAAUCUUUUACAUGCAUGCUGGGGGGAGAUUCUGGGUGCUCUUCAAGCCCAGAGGAAGAGGAGAGAGAAAAGAACCAGGUGACAGCACAAGGGUUGAGCCAUAAUGGUGCGGAGACAGCUGAUGAAAAACUGGAAGCGGCUUCUGAUUCUGAAGAUGCCAAUGAAAUCCCAGAAUGGCUAAAAGAGGGAGAAUAUGUCACUGUUGGCACAAAUAAGACAGGCACAAUUAGAUAUGUUGGCCCCACUGAUUUUCAAGAGGGGACAUGGGUUGGUGUGGAACUCGAUUUGCCUUCAGGUAAGAAUGAUGGUUCCAUUGGGGGAAGGCAGUACUUCAAAUGCAACCCAGGCUAUGGGCUUCUCGUGAAACCAAACAGAGUGAAAAAAGCCACCGGAGCAGCAAGACGGCGAAGCACUGGGCUUAGGUUGCAAGGGGGAACUACGCCCGAGAACCGGAAGAGGAACAAUUUCUCAGGCUCAGCCUCCAACCUGACAUCACUGACAGCCCUAGCCAAAAUGGAAGGAUCUGCUCUCCAACCUGAGAAGAUGCAGAAGAAUGCAGAGAACAGGAAAUCUUGGGCUAACUGAAAGAGGCUUAGAGGCCCCACAAGCUGGUUCAAAAAUAGCUUGUGAAGCUGUCACCGAAGUGGAUGUGCUUGCAGUGUUAAACCAACCUGGUAAACUUAGCUCUGGCAAACACUAAAGGAGGAGUUUUUCUCUACUUUUGUUGCUGACAUGUUAUAUCUUUCCCUUGUCAUGGUGAUGGAUCUGUGUGUUUAGGCUCCUGACACAAACUGAGACACUUCAUUGUGUGGCUUAUUUCAAAUAGUGAAGGUUGUGGGAGGGGGUUUAAUGGUGCUGUUUUAAAUCAUUCACAGAAUGAACAGCCAGAUCGGUGAUUCAAAAUAUUGUAUGAGUUUCCAGCAGCUGCAAAAAAUUAACUGGAGAGAUUUCCCGAUCCACAACAUCUAUACUUCCUUAAACAUGGUUGGCAGUUCUGUAAACAUUAAAAUGCAGUAUGCAAGACUCCAUCCUUUUGGAAAAGCUGUGUCUGUAUCAGGCAAUAAUGAGAAACGGAUACGGUUAUAAAGAAGAAAGAAGUUUUAUUGCGAAGGAAGCAGAACAAAAAUAAUCAACUUGGUUACAUGACCUGGAACCAGUGCCUAUCUUGAAUAAUGUUCGUGUCUUUCUACUCUUAUUGAAAUCAGUGGGAUUCUAUCCUAUCAGUGGCUUUUGAUCCCUGUGUUUUCAAGGCAUAUUCAAAUUUAGUUAACCCACUAAAUAGAUUAUAGUUAUUUUAACAGGAUAUAGACUCUGUUCACCUUCCUUUCCUCCCUGGACACAGUGUGGAAUAUUGCUCUCGUUGUUCCUUUAGUUUGUCUUCAGGAUUUUAGCAAAAAUAUCAGUGUUCUCUAAAGUGCUACAGUAUUUAUAACAGCUUUUUCCAGUUCUGUCUGUACUACCUGUUGGUGACGUACUCACAAAGGAAGAUGUGAGCACCAUGCACAACCUUCACUGGCAUUUGCAUUUCACCAGGUCUCAUAAAGUGAAGGCCUGUUGUUCCCAUACUGAAUGAUCCAGUUGUAUUUAUUUUUAUUUAUUGUUUUAAAAAAUAUGAAAUACUUGCACUUCACAAUCGCCCACUGCCUGCCAUUGCACAUAGGCGCUCUGUUUAGCGUCAUACCGAAUAGCCUCCCUUUUGGACAGGCUCUUGCCUAGCCAGCAAAACCCUCUUGAGAUUGCCCCUAAAAUCACUUUAUUGGAACUGUUGCACAUUCUUCCUCAAAACUAACAUUUUUCUGGAGGGUGGGAGAACUGGGCUGGCUUUUGUUUUUAAACUUGAUUUUAUCUUUGGUGACCUUCACUAGUUUUUAAUUUCCUGUGAUAUUUUCUAACAAAUUACAUAAAGAAAAAAAUAAGACUUAAUUGUACAGUAUAUACAGAGCUUCUUAUACUUUGUUCAGUAAACACUGAGGGACUAGAAAUUUGAGCAAUAGAUGUUUAUAAUCUAUGUGAGGAACAUUCAGGAUGCUAAAUUAAUGGUUAAAACUUAAUAUGUAUCCAGCCUCUCUCCAUGCUGCACAGAUGUGUCUAAGUGCCUUAGCCAUCUGGUUCAGGUAUCCAAGGGAAACAUACAUUGUCAUCAAAGUAAACUGUAAAGGAGGUAGGGACGCUUAGUGCAGGAGAUAAUUAUGCUGAUUGACUGUAAUUAAUAUCAAUUUAUGCAGAAGGAAUAAAAAUUAAAAUAGAAACUAAUCAGUAGUUGGAAUAAAAUUUGGAAUGGGUCAGAAUACAGCAUUCUAAAUACUGCCAGGCAUUAGUACAUUCCUGUCAGCAUUGUAUAGUUCUGCUCUUUUCUAAGUUUUCGUAAAGGAAUUUAAAUGUACAGCCAGGUUUUUAAGAUUUUCAUAAAUGUUCUACUUUUUUCUUCCCCUGCACAAAGCUGCAACACGGGUUGUCGGACAGGGGUUUGCCACCCACUAGACCAGUGUUGGAAAACUUUUUAUAUUUCUCCUUUCAAGCCUGAAAACAUGGGGAAAUUAGCAACAAAGACUGGAGAAGCUAAAUCCUGAAUUUGAUGUUAGGAAUAACUGUUUUUCAUAAACAUGCGACCUGCAACAACAGAAUUUAUUUUAUUAAGCAAUGAGAUGGUACACUCUAACCAAGGUAACUUCUCAUAAUACUGCCUGGCAUUAUAAAACUCUCUCAAAUAUUUUUUUCCAAAUGAGCUUCACUUUUAUUCUUCCAGUAUGGGUACAGAUGGCUGGCUGCUGUGAAGCAUCUUCUUGACUUAGCUUUUAUUAGUCUCAUCAUUUCAUUUAUUGAAUUUGGGAAAAUCCUAACUUGUCCUUUUUAUUAGUCCCUUAUUUGGAGCAUACAGUGUUGUGAAUGGUAGAUCCGUGUUUUCUAUUAAUCCUCUAUUAAUCCCCUUUUGUCUUGCACUAUCAUAUCUUACCAACAGGGUCUGUCUCUGUAAAGAUUUUAUAUGUUAAAUGAUUGAUCUUCGCAGAUUUGAUCCAGUGCUUUCACUGGUAUUUGGGGACCAAGCAAAGGGAAGCUGGGUGAAUAUUUCAUUAUUUAUUUUACCUAGUCUGCAUUCCCUUUUGGCCAUGUUCACAUUGUGAUUCUGAUUGUGUAAACACUUCAGCUUGUGAGUGACGUUACUGAAGUGUUUGAAGAAUCAGGGUUUAGGGUAGAAACUCUGCCACCCACUAAAGCUUUGGCCUGGUAACCCUAACCUGUGUGCACAGGAUAUUUUUUCUAAUCAUGUUACAAAACUAUGCUACAAAAUAUCAGUACAGUUAUACAACAGCAUAAUUUGGCUGACAAGAAGGAAAUUGUGCUAGCACAGUGUGCUUUAAACAUAGCGGUUGCUAGCAUGUAUUCAGCCUACUUUGGACAAGGCCUUACACCAGUUUUAGGAAUGCCCAGAGAGCUCUCCUCAGCAAUUCAUCUUGAAUAAGGAAGCUGUGUUUUAGCGACAGAACUCUCAGACUUCAGUAGAUGGUUAGGAUGAAAUCCUGGCUCCAUUGAAGUCAAUAGUCAAACAUCCAUUGACUUCAGUGGACCCAGGAUUUCACCCAUAGAUUUUUUUUGCAUAUAGAUAGAUAGAUCUAUAUCUUCACCACACUGAUCAGGGCAGGCUUUAGGCCAAUUCGCCCCAUUCCCAGGGAUCGGGCCCCACACCUUAGGCGCCUUUUUAAUUUUUUUUCUUUACUCACCCGGCAGCAGUCUGCUCCGGGGUCUUUGGCAUUUUAGUGGUGGUGUCCACUCCAGGGUCUUCAGCAUUUCGGUGGUGGGCGGGGGGUCCGCUCUGGGGGUCUUUG